GCAACUCAAACCCUCCUAGCGUGCAAUUGUCCCAGAUUUCAUCACCUCCCUCUUGUCUGUUGCAGGUUUGGUAACCGACCGAUACCGCAGCCACCCACGGUAACCGGCACCUUCGAUAACCGUCUUUGUGCGGUGCGGCGUUGGUUUGGAUUUUGGCUAAACCGCAGGUAGUCGGCCGGUAAACGGUUUCUUUGUUUCGCCGCACCGAAAACACCCCUACUAUUUUGUUUUCUCUUUUCUCUAACGAGUCGUCAAUGUUCACUGAGGGAGUCACCGCACCGAAAACACCCCUACUAUUUUGUAUUCUCUUUUCUCUAACGAGUCGUCAAUGAUCACUGAGGGAGUCUCUUCCCCUUCUUCAUCUUCUUCCUUUACCCAUCCAUGGCGUUACGAUGUCUUCUUGAGUUUUAGAGGUACGGAUACCCGCUACAGUUUCAUAGACCAUCUCUACGGUGCUUUGCAACAGAAGGGAAUUAAUGCCUUCAUGGACGAUGAGCUUUGCAGAGGGGAAAAAAUAUGGCCAUCACUUUCCAAAGCAAUUCAAGAGUCAAAUAUUUCUGUCAUCGUAUUCUCUGAAAACUACGCAUCCUCGACGUGGUGCUUGGAUGAACUUGUUCACAUCCUAAGUUGUAAAGAGUCAAAGCAACAAAUAGUUUGGCCAAUUUUUUACAAAGUAGAUCCCUCGGAUGUGCGAAAUCAGAGAGGUAGUUUUGGAGAAGCACUUGCUCAUCAUGAACAUAAAUUUAAGAAUGAUAUCGGGAAGGUGCUGCGAUGGAGGGCAGCUCUUAGGGAAGCAUCAAACUUUUCUGGGUGGUCUUUCUUGGAAGGGUAUGAAUCUAAAUUCAUCCAUGACAUCGUUGGGGAGAUUUCAGCAAAAGUAUUGAAUUGUCUGCAUUUGAAUGUGGCUGAAUACCCAGUUGGAAUACAGGAUCGUCUGCGAGAUUUGAAUGUGCUUAUAAAUGUUGAGAAAAACGAUGUUCACAUGGUAGGAAUUUGGGGGACUGGUGGAAUUGGUAAGACCACAAUUGCUAAAGCUGUUCAUAAUUCAAUUGUCUAUAGAUUUGAAGGUAGCUGUUUUUUGGCAAAUGUUAGAGAAAAUUCCAUCAGAGAUGGAGGCAUGGUUAAACUACAAAACACUCUUCUUUUUGAGAUUUUAAGGGAUAAAAAAUUGAAGAUAACCAAUGUUGAUAAAGGAAUCAAUGUGAUAAAGAAAAUGUUAAGCCAUAGAAAAGUUCUCUUAAUUCUUGAUGACGUGAGUCACCUGGACCAGUUAAAGAAACUAGCUGGAGGGUGUGAUUGGUUCGGUUCAGGAAGUAGAAUUAUCAUAACAACAAGAGAUAAGCAUUUGUUAUUGGCUCAUCAAGUUAAUCUAAUAUACAAGGUCAAGGAAUUAUAUCUUGACGAAGCUAUCCAACUAUUCAGUUGGAAUGCCUUUGGAAGAAAUGGACAUAUGGUUGAUCAUGGGAAAGUGAAAAGGGUAGUACUACACUACGCUGAUGGCCUUCCAUUAGCUCUGACAGUUUUUGGUUCCCUUUUAUGCGGCAGAAGCGAAGAGCAAUGGCAAGAUGCGUUAGACAGUUACAAAAGAGUUCCAAACCAUGAGAUUCAUGAAAUUCUCAAAAUAAGUUACAACAGUUUGGAAGAUUCCGUGAAAGAAGUUUUCCUUGACAUUGCAUGCUUCUUUAAAGGUAAAAGUAGAAGCUAUGUGAUAGAAGUACUAGAAAGUUGUGAGCUCAACCCUAAGUAUGGUAUUGAAGUACUCAUAGAAAAGGCCCUCAUAACUAUUGAGAAUAACCUUCUUUGGAUGCAUGACUUGAUUGAAGAAAUGGGUAAAGAAAUAGUUCGCCAGGAGUCGCCCACUGAGCCUGGCAAGCGUAGUAGAUUGUGGUUUCCUGAGGAUGUUUAUCACGUUCUGACAGAAAACACAGGAACAGACAAAGUUAAAGGAAUCGUGGUACAAUGCCCCAAAUCAGACGACAUUCGAUUGAAUGCUACAAGCUUUUCAAAAAUGAAAAAUCUUAAACUGUUUAUUAAUUGUAAUGCACGGCUUUUUGGAGAUGUUGAAUAUCUCCCUAAUGAGUUGAUGUUCCUUGAUUGGCCUGGAUGUCCAUUGCAAUCUUUUCCAGCCAAUUUCAAUCCAAAGAAACUGUUUAAGCUCAAUAUGCCUCGCAGCCAUCUGACACGACUAGGGGAGGGAUUGAAGAAUUUGCAAAAGCUGAGGUCUAUAAAUUUAGAUCAUUGUGAAUUCCUGACAGAAAUCGCCGACUUCUCUGGGAUCCCAAAUUUAGAGUACUUAAAUCUGAAUUACUGUACAAGUUUAGUUGAGGUACAUCCUUCUGUCGGAUUCCUUGAUAAACUUGUUCACUUGAGUCUUCAUAAAUGCUCUAAUCUUACGAUUUUUCCAAGAAGGAUGUGGUUGAAAUCUUUGGAAAUUCUUCAUUUUGAAGGUUGCAGAAGAUUAAAUUUUUUUCCAGAAAUUGUGGGUUUGAUGGAGUUCUUAAGAUGUAUAAUUCUAAUAGGCACUGCAAUAAAAAAAUUGCCGUCAUCAGUUGGAUUUUUCACUGGCCUAGAAGAAUUAAAUCUAUAUGAUUCUCCCAACCUCACAAAUCUGCCAAGCAACAUCUAUGAGUUGCAAAAUCUUAGGUAUCUUUUUCUCGACGACUGCCCACAACUUAUUACAUUUCCACAUAAUAUGAACUUUGAAGUUUCAUGGAUUGGGAAAUCACUUCCUUUGGUGCUUCCCAAGCUAUUGAAAUUUCGUAUGGGAGGAUGCAAUUUAUCACAAAGCGGUUUCCUUGCAACGCUUGAUUGUGCGUCCACAUUACAAGAACUUGAUCUAUCAGGAAGCAACUUUGUUACUCUUCCCUCAUGCAUUAGUAAGUUUGUCAACUUGUGGGAGCUUAAAUUGUGUUGCUGCAAGUGGCUUUUAGAAAUUCCAGAACUUCCAUCAAAGUUAAGUUGGGUAGAUGUAAGUGAUUGCAUAUCAUUAGAAAGAUUUUCAAAAUUAUCAACCAUAUUGGAACACAAUGAGUUAGGAGAGCUCGAGUGCAUGGAUUUGUUCAAUUGCCGUAGACUAUGUGACAAUCUGGGUUAUGAUGCAGCUAAGAUGGAAGGCGUAUUACUGAAUCAGGUCUCCUCUGAAAACACCAACUUUGAAAUUUUACUACCAGGCAGUGAAGUUCCGAAGUGGUUCAGUUGCUGGAAAGAGGUCAAUUUUAUAUAUGAAUCUCUUGUCGACUACCCUCUAGGUUGGAAACCAAUAUGUGAACUUUCAAUUGAAAUCCCAAGAAAUUUGAAAUGGGAACACAUGGGAUUGGCUCUAUGUGCUGUUUUUGAAAUAAUAACACAAAGUAAAUCUGCUGAUUAUUGUUUUCGAGCUGAAAUUUCAAUGAAUGGUGAAGUUCAUUUUUAUUCAAGAGAGACAGAGUCAGCUCAUGUGUGGCUCAAGUACGUUCCAUUACAAAUCAAGCCGUGUCCGUGUGUGAAACUUCAUGCCAGGAGGUGCGAAGUUAAAUUUUAUUGUAGUGGCAGCUCAGGGUCGAUGUUAUUUAAAAGUUGUGGAGUUCACCUAGUAUACAAGCAAGAUGGUGGUGACGUCACGGCAGUGAAUGACACCGAUCUGCAAGAGCAGUGGCUUUCUUUGCCUUUGGAACCAAUGUAUCCUCAAAAACGGCGGAAGAAGAGUAUAUCUAUGGAGGAGCAACCAUCUUCAAAUAGAGAAAAACUUGUAUAUCACGGGAAUAGCAAAACAGUGUUAUUCCCAUGACAUGCAAGUUCUUUUCCUCCAAAUGAGACGAUAAUAUGAUGGAAGUUUGUGGUAUCAGAGCUGGUUCGAUGGGGAUUCAAAGGCUCAAUGGUAUGAAGGCUUAAUGCUCUGUUUAUGUCGUUAUAUUAGGCUCAAUACAUUUGACAAAUGUUAGGUGCACUGACCGACUGUGGGAAUGGUAUUGUUGUACGGGGCUUGUACCUUAAGUGGUUAAGUGCAGUUACUCAUGCACCCGAAAUCGUGUGUUCGAAUCCCCCUCUUCAAUAUUGCUUGUAUCAACAAAAAGAAAGAAAAAAAAGGAACAUGAUUUUUCUGUAAUCUACAUUAUCUACAUCGUUGAUAAAAUGUUAUAUGGCAAUUCAUUGCCUUUUGCUUUGGGACUAGCGUGGCUAAGUUGUCCAUUUCUAACUUUAUGUUAAUUUUGCUUGGUAUUCCUAGCUAACUUUGAAGUUAUUUUCUGUUGGAUUUCUGUAUGUUAAUUUGAAUGAUUUUCUUGGAUGUUUGG